CCUCGCUUAAAGACUUUAGGUUUUGCAAAACAUUCUGUGAAGAAUCAAUCUGCUGCCAUCUGCAGAAGAAAAAUGUUGUGAUUAGUUUUAAUUAAAAUUAAAAAGUAAGAUGAAUAAAAGUUUAAAUCCUAACUCAGCUUCAGGGUCAGCUACAGGGAACCCGCGUAAUAAAACAGCUCUGAAACCUGGGUUUUCUUUAGUGGGAUGGAUAAGGCUGGGAAGUUCUGGGGAAGAUUUAACAGGAUUAAAAGGAAAAAAUAUCCCCGUGUCCCAUCAAGAAUUAGCAAAACAUAACAAAAUAAAUGAUUGUUGGAUGGCAGUGAGGGGAAAAGUAUAUAAUGUUACCAGAUAUCUCGAAUAUCAUCCUGGUGGGAGUGAUCAACUUAUGAGAGGAGCGGGAAAAGACGCGACAAGUCUUUUCGAUGAAUAUCAUGCGUGGGUGAAUAUCGAUCAGUUACUUUCAAAAUGCUAUGUUGGACCCCUAAGAAACACCGUGACCUUAAAUUUAAAAGAUUCAUCAUCAAACAUGGAUAUUCGUUCACGUUUAUCUCCGCCUUCAUCCGGUUUAAAGUUUCCUUCGCUUUUAUCAGUCAGCUCUGAAGCGCUCAGCAAAAUUGGAGUUCUAGAAAAACCCGAAUCACCAAUAAAAGUUCAAGCAGUUGAGAUAAUUCCACGUUUUGAUUGGAUUCAGUCAACAUCUGAAAUGACGAUUUUUUUCUACACCAAAGGAUUUUGCAAUCCUGGAGUUUACAUUGAAUACUGUUGUGAUAAAGAAAGCAAAAUCAAAAUUUUCAUUUCAAACACCAGUAAUACGUACAAAUUCACCUUUUUAAAAUCACUAAAAUGGCCUUGUACUCUGAAGAUUAAUCACGAGACUGGGAAAAUUGAAAUCAUAUUCAUGAAAACAGUUCCUGCAUUGUGGUCGAGUUUCGGUAUUUUUGAGAGAACUCGUACAAAAGAAGAAACAAUUUAUAGCGAAUAUAUUAUUAAAAGAAAGGAAUACUUUAAUGAUGAUUCUUUCGAGUUAAUACUUCGGCCUAAAAAACAAGCCUUGCUUAAUGUUCCCAUUGGAUUUCAUCUAAACUUUCAACAUAAUAACGCUGGCAACACUGUCAUAAGAAGCUAUACACCAAUUCCUAUAAAUAAUUCCAAUCAAUCUGAUACACAUCAAUCCGACAUUCUCUUCCUUAUAAAGUCUUAUGCAAAUGGAUCAAUGACAAGAUUUCUUAAUCAAAAAUCAAUCGAUGAAGAAAUUUUUGUGUCUGAACCGAAAGGAAAUUUAGAUUUAAAUGUGUUGAAAAAUCAUGUAAAAAUUGCAAUAAUGGCAGCUGGUUCUGGCAUCACUCCUAUGAUUUCUGUCUUAGAUCAUUUACUUAAAGGCAGCACUCCUCGAAAUGACGCAGUAAAGUUUUAUUUAUUCAACAAAACUUCAUCAGAUAUUUGGUUAAGGAAACAAUUGGAACAAAUACAAGAAAAGGAUAAUAGAUUUUCAAUAACGCAUAUCCUUUCUGAACCUGCAGACACAUGGACGGGUGAAAAAGGUCGUGUCACAAGAGAAAUUGUACAACAAAUUGCACAAUCAUCACAGUUUGGUGAAGUUCUUAUCUCUCGUGUAUAUCGCGAUGAUAUUGGAAGAAAUGCUGUUGAUGCUUUUCGUGUAAAUGUUAUUCAUGCUCGUCAGCAAGUUCGGUCACCUGUAACGAACAUUGCCCGAACGAGCUUCUUUCAUAUAAAGAGAGCCAACAUCUGGCUUGCAGCAGUGACGAAACAGAAUGUAAAUGCUGCUAUGGUUUUCGAGUUUCUUCUCAAAAUUAUUGACGUCAUGCAAUCGUACUUUGGAAAGAUCUCUGAAGAAAAUAUUAAAAACAAUUUUGUGCUCAUUUAUGAAUUGUUAGAUGAAAUUCUCGAUUUCGGUUAUCCACAAAAUUCUGAUACCGGCGUACUCAAGACGUUUAUUACUCAACAAGGCAUCAAGUCAGCGACUAAAGAAGAGCAAGCUCAAAUCACGUCGCAAGUCACUGGUCAAAUUGGAUGGCGCCGAGAAGGCAUUAAAUAUCGUCGUAAUGAACUAUUCCUUGACGUUCUUGAAUAUGUUAACUUAUUGAUGAGUCCUCAGGGACAAGUUUUGUCUGCUCAUGUCGCUGGAAAAGUCGUUAUGAAAUCGUUCUUGUCUGGAAUGCCGGAAUGCAAGUUCGGUAUCAACGAUAAAAUCGUUAUGGAAGCAAAAGGCGGUCGUGGUGGAAUAUCAGGAAACGCUGAAGCUGAAACAUCACGUUCAGGAAAGCCGGUUGUUGUAAUCGAUGACUGUCAAUUCCACCAAUGUGUAAAACUAAGCAAAUUUGAAACAGAACAUUCGAUAAGUUUUAUUCCACCUGAUGGUGAAUUUGAGUUGAUGCGUUAUCGCACCACAAAAGAUAUUUCUUUGCCAUUCCGUGUCAUUCCAUUGGUACGUGAAGUAGGACGUACAAAAAUGGAAGUCAAAGUUGUUUUGAAGUCGAACUUCAAGCCGUCACUUUUAGGACAAAAAAUUGAAGUUAAAAUUCCAACACCGCUCAACACAUCUGGCGUGCAACUGAUUUGCUUGAAAGGAAAAGCAAAAUAUAAAGCGUCAGAAAAUGCGAUCGUAUGGAAGAUUAAACGAAUGGCGGGAAUGAAAGAAACGCAAUUGUCUGCGGAGAUUGAACUUCUUGAAACUGACACGAAAAAGAAGUGGACUCGUCCACCAAUUUCUAUGAACUUUGAAGUUCCGUUUGCACCAUCAGGCUUUAAGGUUCGUUAUCUAAAAGUUUUUGAACCUAAACUCAACUACUCUGAUCAUGAUGUCAUUAAAUGGGUUCGUUAUAUUGGACGCAGUGGACUCUACGAAACGAGAUGCUAAACAUUCUUUUCUUAUUAUUCAUUCUAAUAAAAUUUAAUGACAUUAUUAAAUAGAAAAGAUGGAAAGAAAUUUGGCAGUCAAGUUUACAUCAUAAUCACUUUAUGCAUUCGUUUAUUCUCUAUUAUUAUAAUGUUUAAUCGAAAAAGAAAACUGAGGACAUUUGGUUGAGACAAUUUUUGGUUUUCUUAAUUGCAAAUAUUCAUAAAAAGAUGUUUCAAAAUAUUUUAUGAAACCCGAAUGGUAAAUAAUAGCAAAUAACAUUGAUAGCACGAGUUGUUCGGAGAAAUCUCUUUAAUGUUAAGUAAAAUUAUAUCUAUUGUAUUAUGAUAAUAAUGCUUCAAAGUUAAAGUAAUAAAGUUGUAUCAGUAUAUAAA